AUGGUGGGUGAGGUGCAUAAUGGGAUAUAUACUGAUAAAACCAAUAUAGAUGUGUUGAAUGUUGAUGCAAAUUCUGAUGACAGUGAGGAUGAGAGUUAUAAUUAUGACAGUGCUUUGGAAGUUGUCUUUGAUAAUUCUGAUGAGAGUGAAGUUUAUACUGGAGAAAGUUUAUUUCACGUUGAUCAUUGUGGUGCAUCUUUGUUCUCUAUUCUGAAGAAAAAAACUUUAACUCUUUCUUCCAGAUUCAACAAUUUUUUCAAUAGAGAUAUGUCAUACAGUACCUCACUUGAAUCAUUGGGAGAUUCACAAUCACCACCAAAAGAUGGAGAAGAGUGUUUAAAUGUAUUGAAUCCUAUCAUUGAUUUAAAUGCAAAUACUAAUGAAGAACCACUAACAAAUGAAUCAACACCGGCAAAUGAAGUUGUGAAUGAAGAAAAUGUUGAGAGCAGUGACAUUGUUAUUCAAAAGUCCAAGAGGAAGAAAACUUCUCUAGUUUGGGAUCACUUCAAAAAAGUGGAAUUAAAGAAUGGAAAAAAAUGGCAAUGUAUACACUGUAAAAACAAUUAUUCUGUUGUUGCUAGUGGAUUAACCAGUCAUUUGAUGAGGCAUUUAAAACAAACAUGUCAUGUUUACAAGAAGCUAGUAGCACAACAAAAAAAAUUAAACUUUCAGCCAGCAAAAAGCAAGAUUGAUGAGAAGCUUUCUGGACCACUACUAAUGAAUUCAGGAGGUAAAUAUGAUCAUGAAAGACAACGAGAAGCCACCGCACAUUGGAUUAUGAUGCAUGAACAUGCAUUUAGUAUUGUUGAGGAAGAAGGUUUUCAUUUUAUGAUGAAGUGUUCUAAUAUUUCAUAUGAGAAAAUUAGUCGGAAGACAUUGAAGAAUGAUUGUAUUGCUGUUUAUGAAGCUGAAAGAAAAAAGUUGAAGUCUACUUUAAGGACAAAACGCAUUCUUAGUUUUGUUCAUGUUCCUCCUCCUCGGCGUGGUGUUGAUAUUACUGAUGCUAUCUUCAAAUGUCUUAAAGAUUGGGGUAUUGAAAAUAAAAUAUUUAGUGUGUCAGUGGAUAAUGCACAUUACAACGAUAGAUGUUUGAAAGAGUUAAAAGUUCUGAUUUUAAGGCACCGGAAAUUAGUGUUAGAUGGAAAGUUAUUUCAUGUGCGUUGUUGUGCGCAUAUACUAAAUUUGCUUGUUCAAGAUGGUAUUGGGAAAAUAGCAAAAAUAGUUGAAGACGUGCGUGAAAGUGUGAAGUUCAUCAAUCAGUCUGAAGCAAGGUUGCAAACAUUCUCACAAAUAGUUCAACAACUAAAGCUUGGUGGUAAAAAAUUAAAUCUUGAUUGCCCUACUCAUUGGAACUCCACCUAUCAAAUGUUGUCAGUUGCAAUGCAAUUCAAAGAAGUCUUCCCUCGUUUUCAAGAUCGAGAACCAAGCUAUACAACUCUUCCAGAUGAUGAUGAUUGGGAAAAGGUUGAAAAAGUUUCCAAGUUGCUAGAGGUAUUUAAUGUUGUUACAAAUAUUAUUUCAGGUAGUGAAUAUCCAACUGCUAACUUAUAUCUUGCUGAGGUAUUUCGAAUCAAACUAGUUUUAGAUCAAGCUAUCCAAGAUGAAUCUGAUUUUAUGAAAGAAAUGGCAAAAGCGAUGAAGGGAAAAUUUGACAAAUAUUGGAGCCAAUGUAAUCUUUGUUAG